AUGUCAAAUCUAGAGUACUCGCACUACGAAGGCUACGGCGAUUAUGCUUUCGAGACCUACCGUUAUAGUCAAGCUGUUCGAGUCCCACCAAAUCGCGUCGAGUGUUCCGGUCAAGGUGGAUGGGACCCCAAAACCGGUAAAUGCCUCGAGACCUGGCAGGAACAAAUCGACCAGGCUUUCGCCAAUGUUGACCUUACCCUGAAGACGGCUGGGGUUAAAGAUGGUUUCAAGUCGGUCUUCAGCAUCAAGAGUUACCAUGUCGGUACUAUUGACUCGACUGUUCUGGAGGCUAUGAUCGGGAAUCUCAAGAAGUAUGCGCCGGGUCAUAAACCUAUUUGGACGAUGCUUGGGGUGGCGACUUUGGCACUUCCGGAGAUGAAGGUUGAGAUUGAUGUUGUUGCUAUUGAUGAGAAGUAG